GUGUCUGUGCUGCGUGCUCUACGCUGACUGCUGUAAUCCAAAGGUUACAGUGUAGGAUUAGCAUGGGUGUACAAAGCCCUUCCUAAUCUAUGAGUCAUUACCCCUCACCGCAUUUCCCUUCCCAGCAGCUCUGGGCAGGUGGGAUAGAUCAGCCCUUGAGUCUUCGGUCUCCUAGUUCUUCAGCUCAGGGAGGACCAGGUCAGGAUACAACACCUCCCAGACAUCCUCCCCAGGCCAUACCACAGAACCGCUCCUGGGAUGCUAUGCACGGCACAUCGCAAGGCACAUGCCCAGGAGCAAUGGUGAUGAUGGCAUGGGUCUCAGCUUGUCAGAGGUGAAAGCUAGAGCUGCCAGGUCCCACAUGAGCACGGCUGCAUGAGAUCCCACGCUCGCCCAGCUCCUGUGGCCCCCAACACCUGAUGAUACAGCAAGCCAUGGGCAGCGUCCGAGUCAACCGGUACAGCAUUGUCUCGACUGAGGAGGAUGGACACAAGGUCUCUGCGCUGGGCAGCAUGAACGGGCACAGCCGGAACGGGAAGGGCCACACACCCCGGCGGAAGCACCGUAACCGCUUUGUGAAGAAGAACGGCCAAUGCAAUGUCUACUUCGCCAACCUGAGCAACAAGUCUCAGCGCUACAUGGCUGACAUCUUCACCACCUGUGUGGACACGCGCUGGCGGUACAUGCUGAUGAUCUUCUCCGCCGCCUUCCUGGUCUCUUGGCUCUUCUUUGGUUUCCUCUUCUGGUGCAUUGCUUUCUUCCACGGUGACCUCAACGCACCGGUGGUGGGGGGCAGUCCCUCUCUCCUCAAGCCUUGCAUCAUGCACGUGAACAGCUUUCUAGGGGCUUUCCUCUUCUCAGUGGAGACACAGACAACCAUUGGGUAUGGCUUCCGCUGCGUGACUGAGGAGUGUCCGCUGGCCAUCAUGGCUGUGGUGGUCCAGUCCAUUGUGGGUUGUGUUAUUGACUCCUUCAUGAUUGGCACCAUCAUGGCCAAGAUGGCGAGGCCCAAGAAGCGGGCCCAGACCCUCCUCUUCAGUCACCACGCGGUCAUUUCGGUGCGGGAUGGCAAACUGUGCCUCAUGUGGCGAGUGGGCAACCUGAGGAGGAGCCACAUCGUGGAGGCCCACGUUCGUGCCCAGCUCAUCAAACCCUACAUGACAGAGGAAGGGGAAUACCUCCCCCUGGACCAGCGGGACCUCAAUGUAGGCUAUGAUGUGGGUCUCGAUCGUAUAUUUUUGGUCUCACCCAUUAUUAUUGUUCAUGAGAUUGAUGAGGAGAGCCCACUCUAUGGGAUUGGCAAGGAGGAGCUGGAGACGGAGAACUUUGAGAUCGUUGUUAUCCUGGAAGGGAUGGUGGAAGCCACGGCCAUGACCACACAGGCACGGAGCUCUUACCUCGCCAGUGAAAUCCUCUGGGGUCACCGCUUUGAACCAGUAGUGUUUGAGGAGAAGAACCACUACAAAGUGGAUUAUUCCCGUUUUCACAAGACCUAUGAGGUAGCUGGCACACCCUGCUGCUCAGCUCGGGAGCUGCAAGAAAGCAAGAUGACUAUCCUACCUUCUCCCCCACCUCCCAGUGCCUUCUGCUAUGAGAACGAGCUGGCUCUUGUCAGUCAAGACGAAGAUGAAGAUGAUGACGAAGUGGGUGUAGCGUUAGGUGGCAGCACCAAGGAAGAGGGAGGCGUCAUCCAGAUGAUGGAUUUUGGAAGCCACCUGGACCUGGAGCGGCUCCAGGCCACUUUGCCCUUGGAUACCAUCUCAUACCGCAGGGAGUCAGCCAUCUAAUCCCUCCAGCCUCCCCGUUCUACACCCAUUACCCAUCCCCUCCUCCUCCUCCUCCGUUCUGCACCCAAACGUAGCUGGAUAAGUCCCUUGCCCACCAAAAAAUGCCUCCUGUGACCACCUCUCAGCACCUGAGUACGUCGAGGCCUGGAGAUACUCUGAUAUAUUCCCUUUCCCAUGAAGUUGUACCCCCUGGAUGAGGAGUGAGAAUACACCAUUCUUCCAGACAGCUCAGCUUGCUCGAGGACCUGCCCAGGGACAAGAAAGAAGCAUGGUUGAAUUCCCACUUCUGGGGAGGUGACAGGAGCCUGUGCCCUCAAUGGAGAGACUGUACCUGCUCAAGUGGUUCUGCGGCUGAGACAACAGCACUUUCUGUCUCUCUCAACAUGUGCAGACCCAUGGCUAUCAAUAGAAAUGGCUCUCACAAGGAGAGGAGUGAUGCUUAAGUCCUGACUCAAUGAGAAGGGACAAGAGAGUUUAGGACUCCUAGAGGGAGUGGGAGAGUCUCUGGAGAUAGGGGUUUGCUUGCAUGUUUAUUGCUUGUUGCACUUGACUUUCUUUGUAUAUAAAAAAGAUCGAGAACUGAAAUCCAUAUUCUUCCACUGUAAAUGCCAAGCUGGGAGAGAAGGACACUGCACGUAGCCCGCUCUGCACUCUCCUUGUGGCACCCAUCACCUCCAGCAGCAGCUCAGCCCCACAGCCCCACGGACUCAGCCCUGGUUCCCCUACUCCUCCCCAGACCACGUUCUGCUUCUUUCCUGGAGCGCCUGGCAGCAGGCAGGGCCCUGUGCUCACACACCCAGCCACCGUGCCAGGGCUGGCAGGCAGUGACCUGAUGGGACAGCAGGCCCCUCGUUUGCUCCUUCCACCUCCUCCAGUCUUCUCCCUGCUGCCAUCAGCUGUAAAACGGAAUUUGUAUCUAUUUAUUUUUAAUAAAGUCUAAUAUCCCAGGGGGAGGUUUGGAAACAAA